AUGAAAAUCAAAGAUACAAGUGAAUAUACAGAAGUUGCAAUUAAAGCCAUCGAUGAUAAAUCUUCCGAGUUGAGAUCUAUUAGUUUAAAGGAACCUAUGAUUAUUCAUGAAAAUCCAAAAUUAGGUUAUAAAGAUUAUAAAGAGAAAUUUGCUCAUGGUUUGUUGGUAAAAUAUCUCCAAGAUCAAGGAUUUAACGUAACUCCUUCUGCAGUGGUCACAGUAAGUUUUUCACAAGCCGGAGUUGCUGCUACAAUUGCAUUGAAAGCUGUAUUUGAAAUGUAUCAAAUUCCUGGAACAGUGAAAUUAUUUGGUACUCCAGCCGAAGGUGGCAAAAUUGAUUUAGUUGACGCGGGUGCUUACAAUAAUGUUGAUAUUUCUUUAAUGGUUCAUCCCAGAAAGUAUAUUGCAGUUCAAGUUUGUGAAGUUAAACAUUUUGGAAGAACUGCACAUGCCUCUGGAGCACCAUGGGAAGGAACAAAUGCGCUAGAUGCCACGAUUUUGGCUUAUAAUAAUAUUGGGCUAUUACGACAACAAAUUUUACCCACAAAUAGAAUUCAUGGAAUUAUAACUAAUGGUGGUGAAGCGCCAAACAUUAUUCCUGAUUAUACUUCAUCGGAGUAUUGUGUUCGUGGAAGAACUAUUAAGGAUUUGACCGAUUUGAGACCGCGCGUUCAGAAAUGUUUUGAAGCAGCCGCCGUUGCAGCUGGAUGUACCAAGGAAAAUGGAGCCAAAGAUCCUAGCAUCUCCUUGAAUAGAGAAGUCUUUG